CCCCACCCCAGGGUGUGUCACUUCCUCCUCUGCAGCCUUCCGAUCAGUGCACAAAGGCUGUGGCUGCCACCAGAGGAAGGGCUGCUCUGCACACACCUAUGCAGACGCUGAGGUCCAGAGAGAAAGCCUGAAGUGCCAUACAUCCAGCCAUGGUGGUUUGGUCAGUGUCUCUUGUUUUCCUGCUGGUGCUGGGCAAAGGUGAGAGUGAGCUGGAUGACAAGAUCUCCCCCCGAGGGAAGGCUACAGAAUGGGGGGAUCCUGACCUGUCCUUGCCAGAGUCCUGCCAGCCAGCCCCUUCCUGCAAAGAGUGUAUCCUCUCACACCCGAGUUGCGCAUGGUGCAAACAACUGAAUUUCACCGCCUCCGGAGAGGCGGAGUCGCGGCGCUGCGCGCCGCGCAAAGACCUGCUGGCUCGGGGCUGCCCAGCACAGGAGCUGGAGGAGCCCCGGGGCUGGCAGGAGGUGCUGCAGGACGAGCCGCUCAGUCACGGCUACCGCGGCGAGGGGGCCACGCAGCUGGCGCCACAGCGGGUCCGAAUCACUCUGCGGCCAGGAGAGCCCCAUCAGCUCAGGGUCCGUUUCCUCCGCGCGGCGGGAUACCCGGUGGACUUGUACUACCUUAUGGACCUGAGCUACUCCAUGAAGGACGACCUGGAACGCGUGCGCCAGCUGGGUCACGCCCUGCUAGUCCAGCUCCAGAAGGUCACCCACUCUGUGCGCAUCGGUUUUGGCUCCUUUGUGGACAAAACAGUGCUGCCCUUUGUGAGCACAGUGCCCUCCAAACUGCGCCACCCUUGCCCUAGCCGGCUGGAGCCCUGCCAGUCACCUUUCAGCUUUCGCCAUGUGCUGUCUCUCACGGGGGACGCUCAGGCCUUUGAGCGAGAGGUGGGGCGCCAGAAUGUAUCUGGCAACCUGGACUCACCUGAAGGCGGCUUUGAUGCCAUUCUACAGGCUGCUCUCUGCCAGGAGCAGAUUGGCUGGAGAAACGUGUCCCGGCUGCUGGUGUUCACUUCAGAUGACACAUUUCACACAGCUGGGGAUGGGAAGUUGGGUGGCAUUUUCAUGCCCAGUGAUGGGCGCUGCCACCUGGACAGCAAUGGCCUCUACAGUAGCAGCUCAGAGUUCGACUACCCCUCUGUGAGUCAAGUAGCCCAGGCCCUCUCUGCAGCAAACAUCCAGCCUAUCUUUGCUGUCACCAGUGCCACACUGCCCAUCUACCAGGAGCUGAGCCAGCUGAUUCCCAAGUCUGCAGUGGGGGAGCUGAGUGAAGACUCCAGCAAUGUGGUGCAGCUCAUCAUGGAUGCUUACCACAGCCUGUCAUCCACCGUGAUCCUUGAACACUCUUCACUGCCCCCUGGGGUCAACAUCUCUUAUGAAUCCUACUGUGGGGGUACUGAGACGAAGGUUGAGGCUGGGGUCCGGGGACAGUGCAACCACGUUCGCGUCAACCAGACGGUGGAUUUUUGGGUUACGCUCCAAGCUAAGAGUUGCCUCCAAGAGCCCCAUUACCUGAGGCUUCGAGCUCGGGGCUUCUCGGAGGAGCUGACUGUAGAGCUGCAUACUCUGUGUGAUUGUAACUGCAGUGACACCCAGCUCCAGGAUCUGCACAUGCACUGCAGCGGCGGCCAGGGGCAGCUUCAGUGCGGGAUGUGUAGUUGUCUCCCUGGCCGCUUGGGUCGGCUCUGUGAGUGCUCUGAAGCUGACUUGUCCUCCCCAGACCUGGAGUCUGGCUGCCGGGGCCCCAAUGGGACAGGGCCUUUGUGCAGUGGGAAGGGACGAUGCCAAUGUGGGCGCUGCAGCUGCAGUGGUCAGAGCUCUGGGCGUCUGUGUGAAUGUGAUGAUGCUGGCUGUGAGCGACACGAGGGCAAACUCUGUGGAGGCUUUGGCCACUGCCGAUGUGGAGUGUGUCACUGUGAAGCCAACCGCACAGGCAGAGCAUGUGAGUGCAGUGGGGAUAUGGACAAGUGUAUUAGCCCUGUAGGCGGCCUCUGCAGUGGACAUGGACAUUGCAAAUGCAACCGUUGCCAGUGCUUGGAUGGCUACUAUGGUGCUGUAUGUGACCAGUGCCCGGGCUGCAAGACACCAUGUGAGAAACAUAGGGACUGUGCAGAAUGUGGGGCCUUUGGGACUGGUCCCCUGGCUGCCAAUUGCAGCAUGGCUUGUGCCCAUGCCAACGUGACUCUGGCGCUAGGACCCAUUUUGGAUGACGGCUGGUGCAAAGAGAAGACACAGGACAAUCAGCUGUUCUUCUUCCUGAUAGAGGACGAGGCUGGUGGUCGAGUUGUGCUGACAGUAAGACCUCAAGAGAAGAGAGAAGACCACACCCAGGCCAUUGUGCUGGGCUGCGUAGGGGGCAUUGUGGCAGUGGGACUGGGACUGGUCCUGGCUUACCGGCUCUUGGUAGAAAUCUAUGACCGCCGGGAAUACAGUCGUUUUGAGAAGGAGCAGCUGCAACUCAACUGGAAGCAGGACAGCAACCCUCUCUACAAAAGUGCCAUUACAACCACCAUCAACCCCCAGUUUCAAAGAGCAGAGAGUCCUGUUCUCUGAGGGGGAAUUUACCCAAGCUCUGCCCUCUGGAAUGACAGAAUGGAGGUGGGACCUAGGAGGCAGCAGCCUGGCUGGGGACUAAUCUGCCAUCCUACUUCGGUUUUAGUGACAAAGAGCAGCUUCCUCCUGCUGCAACCCUGUUCUUCCAUGCCUUGUUCUUCCAUCCAAGUAUUCAAUAAAGUGUCUUACUCCAAA